AUUAUAUAUAGUUUUUAUUCUACAAAGUUCUAAUUAGAGUUUUAAUGGCUUCUUAUUUAUGUCUCUCUGUCAUAUUGAUCGACUCUGAAAUUGACAACUUUGGUGUUUUUGGACUCGCAGAUCCUAAUGGACCAAUGAUAUACAAGGGACUAUACCAUCUGUUCUACCAAUACAACCCAAAAGGAGCUGUUUGGGGAAACAUCGUCUGGGCCCACUCAACAUCCGAGGACCUCGUAAACUGGACCCCACAUGAGCCAGCCAUAUUCCCAUCCCAGGAAUCCGAUAUCAACGGCUGUUGGUCUGGUUCAGCUACAAUUCUUCCCAGUGGCAAACCGGUCAUUUUAUACACCGGAAUCAACCCCCAAAACCAACAAGUACAGAACUACGCCGAGCCCAAGAAUCUUUCCGAUCCAUUCCUCAGGGAAUGGGUCAAGUUGCCUCAAAACCCACUAAUGGCUCCCACCCAAGCCAACCAAAUCAACGCCAGCUCAUUUAGGGACCCCACCACUGCUUGGUUGGGCCCAGAUAAGUGGUGGAGAGUCAUCAUUGGAAGCAAAAGGAACAGAAGAGGAUUGGCUAUUCUUUACAGGAGUAAGGAUUUCGUUUACUGGGUCAAGGCCAAACACCCGCUUCAUUCCGCUAAAGGAACUGGAAUGUGGGAAUGCCCUGAUUUCUUUCCCGUGUCUGUGGAUGGCCCAGUUGGGGUUGACUCGUCCGCGAUUGGGGGCAAGGUUAAGCAUGUCCUUAAGCUCAGUUUUGAUGACACUAAGCACGACCAUUACACGAUUGGUACGUAUAACUUUGAUAAGGAUAUCUAUAUCCCGGAUAAGGGUUCAGUGGAGGGUUAUACUGGUUUGAGGUAUGAUUAUGGCAAAUUUUAUGCUUCCAAGACCUUUUUCGAUGAUGUCAAGAAUAGGAGGAUCUUGUGGGGUUGGAUUAAUGAAUCUUCAAGUGUUAAUGAUGAUAUCAAGAAGGGAUGGUCUGGAGUUCAGGCAAUUCCAAGGACCAUUUGGCUAGACAAAUAUGGGAAACAAUUGAUCCAAUGGCCAAUUCCAGAAAUCGAAAAAUUAAGACUAAACAAUGUCAACUUGUCUAAUAAAUUACUCAAGGCUGGAUCAAAGCUCCAAAUUUCAAAUGUCCAAGCACUGCAGGCUGAUGUAGAGGUUUCAUUUAAAAUUAGUGGGUUUGAGAAGGCAGAAAAAUUAGACCCCAGCUGGACAAACCCACAAAUGUUAUGUAGCCAAAAGGGUGCAUCAGUUAAAGGUGGUUUAGGACCAUUUGGUCUGCAUGUUUUGGCUUCAAAGGGAUUAGAAGAAUACACAGCAGUGUUCUUCAGAAUUUUCAAAAGUUACGACAAAUAUGUGGUGCUUAUGUGCAGUGAUCAAAGCAGGUCCUCCCUCAAUGAAGAUAAUGAUAAGACCACUUAUGGGACUUUUCUAAAUGUUGACCCUGUUUAUGAGACGAUAUCCUUGAGAACCUUGAUUGAUCACUCUAUAGUGGAGAGCUUUGGUGGAAAAGGCAAAGCUUGCAUCACAGCUAGAGUUUAUCCUACCUUAGCUAUUGGUUAUGGAGCUAAUUUGUAUGCUUUCAACAAUGGUAAUCAAGAUGUUCAGAUCACAAGCUUGAAUGCAUGGAGUAUGAAGAAAGCAAAGAUCUAUUAAUUGAUCAAAACAAGUCAAGAUAUAAUAACAUAUAGGAAAAUUUGGUAACUGAUUAGUGGAAUUAAUAAAAGAUGUGACCCUAAUUAUAAUCUAAUCUCUCUUUCCUUUUCGAUUUUCUAGGCCUUGCAUUUGUAUGUUGUAACCCAAUUAUGCGGGUCACCAAAAUAUUUAUGAUUUGGGUUUCACUUAGACCUGUUAAAAUUCAUUGGGAUAAUCUUUAUAUGUUUGUCAUGUGUAUUUUUAAAUAAUUUUUAUGGUGCAGUUUGCCACAUUAAGUAA